CGUGCUCUCUCCUCCCUCCCUCCAUCCCUCCGCCCUCCCAGCUAAGUCGUAGGCCUUGGGGGUCGGGCCAGCAACAAGCUAUUAUCACAGACAUGGGCCAAGGAGCCAGAGGCCUCCCGGGGUCUGUGAGUUGAGCUUGAGGCUGCAGGACCAGGGUCAUCAUGAGGACAGACAGCCUGGGCUCCCUCUGGGUAGUACUUCUGUUUCCUCUUGUGUUUGGAGUCCCCACAGAGGAGGCCACUUUUGGGGAAUCUGUGGCCUCCCAUCUCACCAAAGGCUGUCAGCGAUGCUGUGACCCUGAGGAACCACUGUCCCCUGCUGACACUGUUCAUGCUCCUGCUUCCCCCUCCUUCCCCUAUGUCCUGCCUGAGGUCAGGCCCUACAUCAACAUCACCAUCCUAAAGGGUGACAAAGGGGACAGGGGUCCUCUAGGAACACCAGGGAAGCCAGGCAAGGAUGGUACCCGAGGGGACCGUGGCUCUCAGGGUGUCAAAGGUGACAAAGGACAGGCUGGCAACCCUGGCAGCUCAUGCCAGAUGCACUACUCGGCCUUCUCUGUGGGUCGCAAGACAGGCUUGCACAGCAGUGAAGACUUCCUCCCACUGCUGUUCGACAGGGUCUUCGUGAACACCGACGGCCACUUUGACAUGACCACUGGCCGCUUCAUGGCCCCCCUGCGUGGCCUCUACUUCUUCAGCCUCAACGUGCACAGCUGGAAUUACAAGGAGACCUAUGUGCAUAUCGUCCACAAUGAGCAGGCGGCUGUGAUCCUGUACGCACAGCCCAGUGAGCGCAGCAUCAUGCAGAGCCAGAGUGUCAUGUUGCCACUGGAGCCCGGCGACCACGUGUGGGUGCGGCUCUUCAAGCGUGAGCGGGAGAACGCCAUCUACAGUGAUGAUGUGGACACCUACAUCACCUUCAGCGGUCACCUGAUCAAGGCGGAGGACUGAGCUUGCCUGGCCAAUUUCAUAGCUGGGCAGCUUGGGGGAGGGCUGGUGGCUAGGGCAAGUCCUGUAGGUUCCCCAGGGUUGGAUCUGCCGAUCUUCAUUGCUUAUUAUCAUCACUUGUAGUCUGUCACCACACCCUCUCCACUCUACCCACCCCAGCUUCAUUUUCAGUGACUUUGGUCUUAAGUAUUCCAGAACUUUCUAGAGCAGCUCUCCUCACACACCACCGUGAUGUUCAUCCCUGGGGACUUCCUUGUAUGGUAGAUUCUGGCUUAGCAUUUCGGGGUAUUCCCAGGAUUCUACAUUUCUAGCAAUUUCCUCAGUAAUGCUGAUGCCACUGGUCUAUGGACCAUGCUUGAGAAACUGGGCUCUCUAAAAUAGUCCUGGCAUUCUGGGACUUCCUAAACUUCUGGAAUUCCCCCAGAAGUGUAGCAUUCUUCCUGCAUCCUCAGGUUUUUCUCUUCACCCUGAGCCUACCCCCAUCUCUGCCCUUCCUGCCCCUUUCACUGUCCUCUUUUCUAGCCACUGUUUAGGUAUACAUUCAUCAAAUGCUGAAUACUCACUUGGUCCCAGGCCUGAGGAAAGCCUAGACUAAUCAGACCUAGGUCCUGUCCCUCCCCUGGUGACCGCCCAGUAGCCUGGACAGGGGUUGGGGUGUGCUCAAGUGGGUACAAAGACUUGAGCAUGUACUGGGUGCUCCCCUAGACUGGGUGGUUAGGCACUGAGGGCCAUUCUUUACUGCUGCUGUGGUGACAGGUUCUGGAGGUAGGGAUGAUGUUCCUUUCCCAUCCUCUGCCUUCUUGCCUGGGGCCCAGCAUUAAAGCAAACCCUAGGUAUACUCUUGGCUGGGAGGAGACUCAGGAAUUUGGAGGCACCUGGGAUGAAAGGGCGCCUGGGAGUGAAUUGGAGCCCAUUAUCCUCCCUGACCUUUGAGGAUUCCUCCCACCCUACUUUCCUCAUUCCCCAGAACUUUAGCCAUGGUCAGACCAUACACUAGGUGCUCUCUGACCCUCCUGGCCCCUCAAAAGCCCAGUGUCACACAGGGCUUAUGAAGGUGCUAAGGACACCCAGGAGGUGGCUCCCAUUCAGAGCUUCACCUGCCUGUGUUGCCUUUGCAGACAUCAUGGGGAGCCAGGCAGGACAGAGAUGGCAGGUUUCAUCCCAAAGCAGGUCUAGGGACUGAAGCCAGUGACAUUCAGGUUAUUUGGGGGCCCUCUCUGAGCCAUGCUGCCAAGACAGGCCCUGGGGAACGUCAUGGAGAAGCAGGGACACUGAGACCCCAGUGCCUUUCCCAGGGUGUUUGGCCUGGUGGCCCUCUAACCUUCCCCUCUUUCACUGCAGGCUGCACAAGCUUCAGGGGAAGGUGGCCUCCGUCCAUUGGUGCUUCUGCAGACCCAGGGCAGGGCUGGCCCUGGGCGGGCAUCUCUGGUGCUUACAGCCAAGGGAACCAUGGCAGGGUGACAGGGGCAAGGCCUGCCACGUGCUGUGAAGACUGGUUCUAAAAAACCACCCUCAGCCCAGCUGUCCUUGCCUGCUUGGCCAGUGUGAAUAAAAAUCCUGGAUUCUCUUGGCAAUUCAGCCUGGUAAAUUUUGCCCUAUGCCCUUCUCCUGCCUUGGAAGGCUGCUACUCUGGCCCUGCCGGGGGCAGAUACAGGGGUCCACAGAAACAAAGCCUUGCUAAGUGCUUCACAUGUUCUCUGCCUGCAAAGAAAUUGGCUUUAGCCAGUCGUUCACACAUUCAGAAUCCUGGAGUUAGUGGGAUCCCUGGGAGUCAGCUGGGAUCCCGUUAAAUCCCCACAUCUCUGAGCCUCAACUUCACUGCCUGCAAGGUGGAGGUGGCAAUGGUUUACCUUACAGAUGGCCUCAGGACUAGAUGGCAUGUUGCCUGGCAGGUGCCAUGUCCUUCUUGGACAACAUCUGUUGAUCAUGUGCAGUGUGGUUUCCUGAAGCAGCAUACUGGUUAUUUCCUUAGAUACCAUCCAGAAACUACAGGAACUCCAAAGUGCCACACCAAUUGUAUUAGCUACUGUCUUGUUAGGGUGACAGAAGCAACUCAAGGAAGUUGAGGGUACAGUCUAUCAUGGCAUGGAUGACAUGACAGCCAGGGUGUGAGGCAGCUGGUCACAUCACAUCUGCAGUGAGGAAGCAGAGGGAUGGAGCCUGAUGCUCAUCUUUCAUUCUCCUUUAUAUUCAGUCCUGGCCCUAAACCAUGGAAUGGUGCCAUCUACAGGUAAGGGGCAUCGUCCCAUCUUAACUGGCAUAGUCUAGAAACUUCAUAGGCAUUCCCAGACACUUGUCUUAGGUGAUUCUAGAUUCUGUCAUAUAGACAAUAUUUACCAUAUACCAACACAAUACCUCACUUGUGUGAGGGACCUUGGAGUCCUGCGCCUCUGUCUCGAGCUUAUAAAGAAAACAGCUAGAAAAACUCAUCGAGGAUAUUCUGUUGGGGGCAGCCAUAUUGACUAGCACAGUCCCCUGCCUAUACUGUUAAACUGACUCCCAGCCUGCCCUCUCCUUGUCUGCUGCUGCAGGUGGAAGUUUACAAGUUUGUGCCCUGCUCUGUGUAACCAUCACUGUUGGUGGCUCUUGUGCACCUCAUAGAAGAUGGAUACUGCAAAGAAUAUACCAUCUGCACCUGCUUGGGACCCAAGUCCACUCAGUGGCAGAGUGUGCUCUGUGUCCUUUGGGCCCAUGAAGACUCAGAAGGGAGGCUUCCCAUUAUACCUGUAUGCUUCUCAGUGAUCUGCAAAGAGCUGACCUCACAGUGUGCUCUGGCUAAGCUCUUGCUUGUUUAAUAUACUCUUGACACAAAGAA